UUUAAAGCUCUGCCAGGCUCCCUCUCCGCAGAAGGCUCCUGCCACACCGGUCUGGCUGUGCCAUGGGCCCUUGGCUCCUGCUCGCUGCCUGCUGCCUAUGGGCCGGCUUGGGGAGUGCUCGUUUGACAUGCAACUACCCUCCCCAUCUGUGGUGCAGUUCCAGGGAGAUUGCAGGGGCCUGCCAGGUGGAGCAACUCUGUGCCAUGCGGGCAGCCCCCAAGGCCUCCCCGGUCUCCGUGCAGCUUUACUACGAGAGCCUGUGUCCAGGGUGCCGUGGUUUUCUUGUCACUCAGCUCUUCCCCACUUGGAUUAUGCUCAAUGAAAUCCUGAACAUCACACUUGUCCCUUAUGGCAACGCGAAGGAGACAAAGGUAGAAGGCAAGUGGCAGUUCGAGUGUCAACAUGGCCAGGAGGAGUGCAAGGGGAACCUGAUGGAGGCCUGCCUCAUCCACCUGCUCGAGGACCUCGGUCUUUACUUCCCAGUCAUCUUCUGCAUGGAAUCAGGCAGCGAUGUCACUGCGAAUCUGCCACUGUGCCUGAAGAUUUAUGCUCCUGAGGUGUCUUUGGCCAACAUCACGGCUUGUGUGAAUGGAGAUCUGGGCAACCAGUUGAUGCAUCAAAAUGCACAGCGCACCACGGCCCUGAAGCCACCACACCGCUAUGUGCCAUGGAUAGUCAUCAAUGGGAAGCACACAGAGUCACUUCAGUCGCUGGCAAUGGAGGCCUUGUUCAGGCUGGUUUGCAACUUAUACCAGGGAGAGCUGCCUUCUGCCUGCCAAGGACAUCCCCAAGCCCCUGAUUCUCCAUCCCCACAAAAUAACUGCCUGAGGGACUAAUUUCAGGCAUUGCAUUCCUGCCUCUCAGUGGACCCUUGAAACCCACAGGUGCAUCUCACACCUGAGGCAGACCAGAAGGAACCUUCUCCAUGCUGUCUCCUAUACGGCCUGGGCCUCUGGAAGGCAGCCACCUGCAGUGUCGCAAGAGGCGAGAAGCGGCAGGCCUCCUCUGCCUACAUCUCUACAGAAGAAAAAAGAGGCUGCCAGGCGCUUGGCAGGGCCCUCUCUUCUCUCACAGUCCUGUUCGAGCAAGCCUGUGGAGGUGUUUGGCUCCCAUGAGGCCAGGGCAGGAUUAGAUGCAUAAUCGCCAAUGUGUAUUCCUCUGAUUUUACCCAAAAAUGGAAAUUGUGACUUGGGGGGGAAAAGUUUGAUUUCUUUGCCUAAUUUUUUUUUUAAUAAAUUUUUUAUUGGAAUUAGAAUCAUUUGAUUUCACAUUACAAUCAAUUCCCGUUUCCCAAUUUCUAACCCCCUCCCUUUCCCCCCUUUUUUGUAGACUUCCAACAGUUUUCCAACCCUUUGUCCCUUUUCCCUUACUCGUUUUAAAUUCAUCUAUCUAACAAACAUAUACUUUCCCUUUAAUCUAAGCAAUAAUUCUUUAACUAUUUUUAACACUCUGUACCCUAUCUUUAAGUCCCUUCUUCCGUAUUAGACAAACAAUUUGUCCCUUUUUCCAUAAUUUCAUAAUUUCCUGGUUUCAAAUAUUUCUAUAA